AAAAAAAAAAAGCUUAUUAGGACUCUUUCGUUUGUCCUGAACAAAAAUAUGAAUUUUUUUAUAAACAAUGUAUGGCAAAUGCGCGUAUAUAAUAUGAUUUAAAGAAACGGGAGAUAGUUGGUGGGGUUUUUUUUCUUCUUUUUGGCUCUAGUUUUGUAAGACCAGGUUGUGUGAACGUAUCCCACAAUCUGGCACUAAACUCAAAAUUAGAAGCGGGAUCCACGGCUGACUUCACUGCGCUGCAAAAACAUGGAGUUCGAUGAAAGCCUGUUAGUACAACGAUUCAGUGCAACAAGCAUGGAUAAAGAGACGGGACUCAGAAAAAUUUAUCAUCAACAACUGACUCUACACUGUUCUCACUGCCACACCGUGCUGGGAGAUUCCUGUGGAAUCUGCGGGGAAAUCCAGAGUCUGGACUCCAUCGUUUGUUUGAGUGUUACAACUGAUAUUGUGGUCGGCGGUGCAAACGAUUUUGGACGUAAAGGCGAAAUAGCAAACUGUAUCUAUAGGUCUCUGAUAUGCCGUUGCUGUGCUUCUUUGGUGGGUAAGGUGAUUCUCUCAGGUCCGUCCUGUCUGAGCAUGAUUCGCUCCCUCUUUCUCCUCCACAAACCAGACAUCUCCUGCUACAUCCUUGACAGCAAGUCACUGGUGAAAGCAGUCACAGUCACAUUUGAUGUCAAGCCACUGGUGCCUGCCAUAAAUGAGGUGGAGAAACAGUUUCGAGCUCAUCUGGAAAAUUUUACACACAUGUCAAGCAGGUUGAUGGCUAACAACAGUGGAACAUAUAAACUGGGUCAAUGAAACUAUUCAGACCCGUUAUUAUUCACCAUGUCUUCCUCAGUUUGCUGCCUUAGGUUGGCCAACGACUGAUUGUGUUUUUGUGUUCAUCUUUUUGUUCAUUAAAGGUUUGUUUGUCAGUAUUACUCCUGGUGUGUUCAUCUCUACAUUUCUUAAACCACUCCUACUCUCUUUUUCUCAUGAAUUGGUGUGACUACAGCUCAAAAACUUUAAAUGCUACAAAUAAUACAAUGUGUAAGAAACUUGAGUUCCUCGGAGAGUGGAAGAAAACCCAUGUAAACUCUACACAGAAGAACUGGAAUCAAACCAGCAAAUUGUUGAUCUUGCUGUAAGGAAAGAUGUACCAACUACUUCCACCUUGUGGUCAUGACUUCUCUUCUAGGGUUGAAAACGGCUUCAAUCACAGAAAGACAUUCUUAAAGAAAUGCCUUGUGGCGCAUCAUGAUGUCACUGGACUAGUCCAGCUGUCAAUAAGACAUAUAUCGGCUUUGAUGGAGUCAUGACAACUGAGAAGUGACUCACCUGUUCUUUUGAAUUGCAUUCAGGGCUAACUACUAGUCCCAAAAACUACAACUGGUAGACCUCAAGACAUUUGUGGGGCUACAGGCACGCCAGGGUAAGGUAAAAGUCUGGGUCAUACUGAGUAUGUACUGUAUACCUACUAUAUACAUCGGCCAGGAAAGACUGGUGUUUGAACACAGACCUCGGCUCCUGCUGCAAAAUCAAAACAGUGUUGGUUAUUCAUUCUCAGAACAUCAACGACCAAACAUCCAAUUGGCACCAUGCUGCAUUUUAUUGCUGAAUUUCUGAUACAGACUUUUUUUGUUAAUACAAAACCAGACCAGAGGCUCACAUCUAAUAGGCAUGCUCACGUCCUCUGACUAGAGUGCAUAGAUUCUACACAGUCCAACCUCAGUGGAAAAGUUGUUCGACAAAGUGAUGUUAUUACAGAGUCCCCCAGUCCCCCCCCCCCCCCUCACUAUGAAUAACACUUGAGCAGUGUUGCUCAGCAGCACUAUGGCAGAAACUUCUCUCUGUCACUCCUUUGGUGCUGAUUGGUUUGUUAAAGAACCACAGGAUUUCUGUAGUGUUAAACAACUGGCCCAGAACUUCUGAACCCUUAAUACCCUUUUAUACCCAUUCACAUUACAAAGUUGGAUUAUUGCAUGCAAUACAAAUCAUUCAUAAUUAUGUUAAGUCAUGCAUAUUUUCAAAACCAUACAUAUUCAUGUCGCUAGUUACCUACUUGUUUAUAAAUUGCGAUUAUAAAUGCCCACAAAGCGUUUUAAUUUAAAAUACUGGAUUUAAGAAGAAAUGAUGACGAUGGUCCUGGUGAAAUU